AUGGAUCUUGACCUUGCGUUAAGGAUGGAACAACCUGCUUCUCCUACAGAUACCAGCACUGCUGAGUAUAAGAUGGUUUGUGAGAAGUGGGAACGUUCUAAUCGUAUUGGUUUAAUGAUCAUUAUGGACACCAUUCUGGAAACCUUUAGAGGUAAUGAGGGGACCAAUGAUCUCAAACAGUUCUUUGCUGAGAUGGACUUGCGGUUUGCAAGUAGUGAUAAAGCAGAAAUAAGNACGCUUCUGUAUCGCUUUAGUACCAUGAGGUAUCACGGNAAANGGAACAUAAGGGNGUACAUUUUGGAAAUGUCAAACAUNGUUUCAAAACUUAAGACACUCAAGACUGAGCUUUCAGAAGAUGUGCAUAUUUUUUGUCUUGAACUCUCUUCCUUCUCAAUUCAAUCAGUUGAAAUCCAAUUACAACACACAGAAGGAGAAAUGGUCUCUUAA